UCACCUAGCUAAACCCCUGGACAUGUUCUCCCGAACACACACUCACACACACUCAGAGCGGGGACAGAGGCGCGCGGUGCGGGAUGAGCGCGCAGGAUUACGCAUGCGUGACGGUGCGGGGUCGCGCGCCCUGGGGCUUCCAGCUGCGCCAAAGUGACACGGAGCCGCACCGACGUGUUCAGGUGCACCAGGUUGAAGAAGGCAGCCAUGCAUCCAUAGCUGGUCUGUGUGAGGAUGAUGAACUCGUGUCUGUUAAUGGCGUAUCCUGCUCCAGUCUCAGCCUUGCAGAGGUUAUUGUUCUCAUUGAGAAAGCCACUGACUGCCUGCAGCUGCUGGUAAAAAGAUGCUGUUUAUACCCUCAACAGAAGUCUCAGUCAGUUAACACCACACUCCAGGCUUCCUGGAGGGAAUUGAGGGAACCCUACAAAUCUAAGAAUGAGGAUGAGGCACAUUAUGGGGAGACAAACACUGAUACAGAGUGCCCUGCAGGGAACACCAUGGUCCGAACCCAAUUUUGCAUUCCAGCUUCCAAGGACAGAGCUGGACCAGAUACCUAUGACUCUAGUGAUGGAGGUCCCAGGUUAGAAAUCACUCCAGGAACUGUAGUGGAAUUGCAGUUGUCACUCUCUCAGACCACCCUGGAAGACACAGGCUGUACUUCGUUAGGAAGUGCUCGUGGCAUUCAAGGAAACUUGUACCAUCAACCAAACACUGAAAAUGACAACACAACAACCAGUGCACCAGGCUGCUCUUUCUAUAUACCACUGCAUGAAAGAGAGCCUCUAGGUCAGCGAGGCAUACUUGUCAGUUCUCCAUCUGCUUUGCUGGGACAGGUGGAUGUUACCAUACAGCCGUCUGGGAGGGACUCUGGAACAGAAAGAGUGGGGGCUGGUGGGACUGAGGUAACAGCUAAUGAACAACAGGAUUACGCUGAGGGAGAAGGAGGGCACACUGACGAAGAGCCUACCGCCUUCUCUGUCUCCUUUGGAAUUCAAUCAGAAGAGGACUCUGAGUCAGAGAGGGAGCUCAACAAGCCCAACAAGCACCGGGCAAGACACGCCAGGCUCCGCCGAAGUGAAAGCCUGUCUGAGAAGCAGGUGAAAGAGGCCAAGUCUAAAUGCAAACGUAUUGCCCUCCUCCUGACUGCUGCUGCCCCCAACCCCAAUAACAAGGGGUUGUUGAUGUUCAAGAAACAUAGACAAAGGGCUAAGCAGUAUACACUUGUAAGCUACGGAACUGGUGAGAAUGAACCAGAAUUUGAUGACGAAGACGACGAAUAUAAUAACAAGGAAACGCAUACUGUUGAGUUCACAGUUCUAGCUACCAGUGAAACUGAAAUUGAUGAAGAUUUUUUGACAAAUUCCUCAGGCCACAAGAACAUUGUAACCUUUGAUUUGGAUACUGGACUGCUUGAGAUAGAGCGCAAGCUUCACAACCAAGAGGAUAUGAAUACACUCCCUGAAACCAAGGGCAAAGGGGCCCUGAUGUUUGCACAGCGCAGACAACGUAUUGAUGAAAUAUCAGCUGAACAUGAAGAGAUGAGAAGUAAAGGGAUUCCUGUUGAGGGUAUACAGGAAGCUGAGAAAAAUUACCAACAGGUGAAUCAACAUUCUUGCAUUCAGACUAAUGACAGCCAGAAUUACACUGAUGUAAAUGUGCAACACCAGCAGUACCAGCAAUACCAAGAACAGCAUUAUCAACAUCAACAGCAGCAUCAAUAUCAAGAAUUCCAACAGCAGGUGCAGUAUCAUCAGCAACAACAGCAUUACCAACAACAGCAGGAACGCCAGCAGGGUCAAGAAUAUCAGCCUCAACAGUGCCAACAACAGCCACAACAAUUAUUUCAUAAUAUGAAUGGUGUGUCUAAUCACCAAACGAAUGUAGUGCAGUCAUCGGUCAUUAAUAGAAGUGCCAAACCAUUCUCAGUUCAGAAUAGAGCAGCAGCCCCAUUUUCGCCUUCUGCAAACCAAGAGCAGUCUUAUUAUUCAGAUGGACAAGGGGAACAAAUUGCUUCCAGAGAUGAGCGAAUUUCUGUACCUGCUAUCAAAACAGGGAUCUUACAAGAUUCAAGGCGAAAGAACAAAGCUAAACCCAUGUUCACUUUUAAAGAGCCUCAAAAAGUUUCCCCAAAUCCAGAGCUGCUGAACCUUCUCAACAGGAAUGACAAGAAGACAGGCUUUGAUUCUGGUACAGAGGAGGAUUAUCUAAGCUUAGGGGCAGAGGCCUGCAACUUUUUACAGCCCACUAAAGGAAAGAACAAAGCCCCACCACCAGUUGCUCCCAAACCUCAAAUACAUCCAGAUACUCCUCCAUGGUCACCACAACCAGAAAUUGCAAGCCAACAAUUUCAUCAAGAUGCUGAAAAUAACAUCCCUGUAACUGCCAGGGAUCCUGUCCCUGAAAUGGAGUCUUCAGCCAUACCAGAAGAAGAACCCUCCACAGCACUUGCUGUGGAUCAGUAUGAAGCUUCUAACAAACUCCACUCACAGGUUCAACCAGAAGCAGUCAAUGCAUGGGGUAUAUCUGAGACACAAAUACAAUCAGGUCAGCAAAUAGAUACUUGGCAUGAGAGUCAAUCUCAGCCAGAGUUACAAGCAAAGCCAGAGCCAGGUGUUAGCGCUUGGGGUCCAUCUUCAACUCAGGUUCUUGAGCAGCCACCAGUAACUGCUUGGGGUCCAGCUGAGGUUCCAUCACAAGUCCCUGCCCAGAAUCAGUCACAGAUGCAGCCAUCUUGGGUGACACAAUCUCAAGUCCUUUCAGAAGUGCAAUCACCCACACCUGUUCAAACACAGUCACAGCCCCAAACUUCCUGGGUGACACAAAGUCAACCUCACCCUCAGUCUCAAAUUAAUAUGUGGGUAACCGCUCCAACUCAAUCACCACACCAACCCCCAUGGUCCCAAAGUCAAAUGCCAGGACAGGCAUCAGUCAGUACUUGGUCCCAAGAUCAAAAUCAGCCCCAAGUACAGCCAGCCUGGGCCCAACAGCAACAAGAAUCUCAACCAAUACCAUCUUGGACAGCCUCUCCACAGCAUCCCCUAUCCCCUUGGAUUCAACCUCAGAACCAGCCACAGCCUCAAUCAAGUUGGGUCUCUCAGACCCAACAGCAAACCCUGUCACAACCACCUGUAAAUACAUGGACUCCGUCUCAGAGUCUAGUUCAAACACAGCCUCCAUGGACUCAUCAGACUCAACCAAUCUCUCAGCCUCCAGCACAAAUGCAGCAGCAACAGAAUCCUUGGCUCUCAGUGCCUCCCCAGUCACAACCACAACCAGCAUGGGAACAACCGCCUCAAGAGCAUCUACAGCAAACUCUGAAUUCAUGGGCACCAGAGCAGAACAAAAUACAACCACUCUGGAAUCAGCCACAGUCUCCAGCUCAGGCACAACCACCAUGGUCUCAUCCACCUCAGCAACAGACACCUCCACAGUCUCAGCCUCAAACAGUUUUAAGUACAUGGACACCACAACCCCAGCAAGGUCCAGUCAUUGCCAUGGGUUCUACUGAAAGUCAGAAGCUGACUCAGCCAUUCAAACCUUGGAGUCCACCUCAGACCACUCAACCUCCUCCUCCUCCACAUCAACUGAACUCAAAUACACCUAGAUCAAAGUUACCAUCACACAUGCCAGCAAGUACAAUGCCUGGAAUGGGUUCAGCCUCUGGAAUGGGUUCAGCUUUUGAGAUGCCUGCCUUGCGAGGCAAAGGUGCUGAACUUUUUGCUAAGAGGCAAUCCAGAAUGGAAAAGUAUGUGGUGGAUUCUUCUACAGUGCAGGCUAACAAGGCAAGAUCUUUGUCACCUUCUCCUUCUUUACCAGCCUCAUGGAAAUAUUCACCUAAUUGUCGUGCUCCUCCACCUUUGGCAUACAAUCCACUACAGUCACCUUCAUAUCCACUAGGUGCUAUCAAGCAACCUCCCUCUUCCAGUCCUGCCUUAAAGAACAAAAAUAAAGUCACAGAAAAAGAGAAACCACCGCCCAAACCACUUAAUGUUUUGGAUGUCAUGAAGCAUCAACCUUACCAACUAAAUUCCUCCCUUUUCAUUUAUGGGCCAGCAGCAGAAAAACUUGCUGCAGAAAAAGAAGCAGCUGAAAAGCUUGCUGAUCAAAAAGCAGCUGAAGCCCAAGCUCAGACCCAAGCCCAAGCUCAGCCUCAAGCUCCUGGGCCCUAUGCUUUCAUACCACAGCAACCCCAGCAGCCCUAUGCUAUGUCUGUUCCCUCUCCUGCUAUGCAUGAUGGCCCUUAUCACCAUACUCCUAACAACUAUCAGGCCACCCCCAAUUCUUAUCAGCAAGUCCCCUAUCAGCAAAUAUAUAAUCCACCACAUGCUUACCAACAAUCUCCUUCCAACACUUACCAACAAUCACCAAAUAUUCCCUACCAGCAGCCCCCUCCAUAUCAAGCUGGUCCAUAUCCAGCUUCCCAAGCACCAUGCUACCAACCAGCUCCAACCUCUUAUGUAGUGCCAACUUGUCCAAUAGCAGGAAGAGCAGAUUCAGCUCCAGGAAGUAGCACUCUUGCUGCUCCAAAACCAAAGUUCUCAGCCAAAAAAAGUGAUGCACGGGUGUGGAAACCUAGUGCAGCUGAAAGUGUUGAUAAGUAGUCUAUUUCACUUAAUUGGCCUAACAAAGUAUGGAACUCGAGCUGUAUAAAAAAAAGGAAUUUCAUAAAAAUGCAGCAAAUAUUUUAUCACAGAGCAUUUAACCUUGCUAACAGCAGUGAAAGUCAUUGAAUUUUAAGUACAUACAUUUACCAGAGUAAACUUGUUAUACUUCUAUUACAACAUCAUAUUGUACUGCUACAAUUUUUAGAUAGUUUCUUCAAUUAAAUGUUUGUAAUUUGAGCAAGUAAAUGAUUUAGAAUGCUCAUCUGAGGGUGAAUAAAGAAUAAGGAUAUGUAAUGAAGGGAAAUACAUAAGGAUAGAGAUUGAUUGAUUGAUUGAUUGAUUGAUUGAUUGAUUGAUUGAUUGAUUGAUUGAUUGAUUGAUUGAUUGAUUGAUUGGGCAGAGUUGUCAUACAGUACAGAAAGCUCUUGAAAUCUAUAAGACAGACAACUAUACCUGCUUGGAAGAUAUGAAUUAAUUUCUAUAGUAUGUCAGUGGUUUAAGUGGACAGGAUGUUUUGUAAGAAAGUAUGAAUGGAUUACAGCAUAUGAUUCAGUUAGUCUUUGAAAGAAGUUAUAUUGCCACCUUGGCCAUAUUAAUCAGUCAGGGACAGUCUGUUUAACUUACGGAAAACAAAUUUGUCGUUUUUUUUUUUAAAGUAAAUAUGUAGGCUAUUAGGCCUUUUAAGUAUGCAGGAAUAUAUAUACGUGCUGUAGAGUGUAACCUAUCAAAUUAUGUUUUAAAAUUAAGGCUGGAGCAGUGCUUUAUUUUACUAUAUUUAAGAUUUUGUAGAUACUGUGUGAUGUACCUAAAACAGCUUAACUAAAAAGCAAGAUUUUAUUUUUCCAGCUUUCAAAUUAUGAUGUUACAAACACCGAGGUAAUUUUACUGCUUCACUCUUUCUUUCUAUUUCUUAUUAUUUGUGACAGAUUAGUUUUCCGAUACAUAAUUAAACAGUUAACAUAAACAG